AUGGUUGGGAAGCUGGAUGGGAAGACGGCUGUGGAGAAUACUACCUCACCCGAUUCUGCUGUAGGGACGUCGUCUGCCCACUCUCCUGGCAUGUCACCAUCGACUUCAGCGUCGGGUGUUAGUGGUGUUCCCCACGCGCCACCAAUUCCCUAUUGGUUCAACCGGGAGGUGAAGGACAAACUGAAGAUGUACGGCACUCAGCCGCAGGGUCCAACCUCGUCUUCAGCUUUCGUAUCUUCCAAUCAUUUCUAUCCCGUUAUGUCAGUACCUCCGCCAAUGACUCAAGACGAACUGAAACAGCAGCUGAGGAGUCAACUGGAAUAUUAUUUUUCAAGAGAAAAUCUCAUCUCGGACCGCUUUUUGAAAAUUCAAAUGGACGCGGACCAGUUUGUGUCUAUUCAUGUUGUUGCUGGCUUCCCCAAAGUUCGGCGGCUGACUAACGAUGUUGAUCUGAUUGUGGAAGCUCUGAGAGAUUCCACCGUAGUUGAAAUGGACGAAAAUUGUGAGAAAGUUCGCCCUAUCACCAAAAGAACAACUAUAAUCAUCAGGGAAAUUCCAGAAGAAUAUCGAGAGGAAGUAGUGAAAUUGCUUGAAGAUGGUCCACCAUUUACUGAGCUGAAAUAUGGCUUGAAUGAUAGCUGGUAUGUGACAUAUGACAACGAAUUGGAUACUCAAGUAGCAUAUGUAUCCGUACAGCAUCGCAAAAACGAAGUCACACAGAGACCAGUUUGUGCUCGAAUAAAGGCCGGUGGGCCACCAACAGUGGCACCAUCAAUUGAGGUAUCAAAUGGUGAGAAAAAUCGGUUGGCGGCGUUGAGUAAUGGUGAGAAUGGGAUGUUUCAACUGCGAGAGCUGGGACACACACUUGCUCAUUAUGGGUUUGUACCUAUAGCUUCUUACCGACCAGGAGAACCGAUUUUGAGCCCCUUCGAAUACAAGACGCCGACGUUCAGCAUCUCAAGCAACAGUUUGAGCUACCAUCCUCCUGGACCGACUGCACCGCCGCCUCUCCUCCAGUCUCCACCUCAACAACAGUUUUUCUAUCCAUCGAGUUUGUCAACUCAAAGAAAUUUCGAUGAGGUGUCCACGGCUUCUUCCACUUCUACCCGUACCACUGCUUCGAAUUAUAACAAUCGAACUGGUAGCAGGAACGGUGUGGGUGGUGGCAGUCAAACUAACCAAUUCUACGAGUCGCGUAGCAGCUUCUCGAAUUCAAAUGAAUUUCGUGGUCGUGGUGGUAGUGGUGGUCGAUUCCAGGGCAAUCAGAGCGAAAGCAAUGGACGACAAACUAAUGGUCGUGGAAACUGGAGAGGUGGUCAACGCAAUGCCGUAGUCACCAAUGGUUACAAUCAUCAGAACAAUCGUCAGAAUGGGCAACAAAACAGUUGGAGAAAUGAACAGAAUCCGCAAAAGAGCACAUGGAAGCCGGAUCAGAACGGACAACAACAAAACUGGAGAAAAGGUCAGAACGGCCAACAAAGUAACUGGAGAAGUGAACAAAAUGGCCAUUCAUCGAACCAAUGGUGGUUGAACAACGACAGGGAAAACCAAAACCAUCGUUUUGAUAGUAACAACAGAUAUAAUAACCGCCCGAAACCACAUGUGUCGUCUUCUUCUUCUUCUAGUGUUAGUUCUAAACAUUUCUCACUGGAUGCUGUUGAAACCCCAAACAAUUCGGAACUCAGUACGCCACCGCCUACAUCAAAACAUAGCCAACAAUACAGUGUACCGACACCAUCUGAUUUGCCGGCUCCUCCAGUGUGGCCAGCCCCUAACUUUGAUAGAAGAAGAAAGAGCUCGGAGGCAUCAUCUACAACCAUCACUACGAAUACAACGACGAACACGUUGACGCCAUCCACUCCGGUCACUUCAAUUGAUCAGUUUCCCACGUUCUCAGAUGUUCAAGAGACAACUAGUAGCGAACAAUUGAAGACAGUGAAUAUUGAAAAUGGAACGAAUCACUCAAAUACAAAAGUCGAGACAAAAUCAUUUGUGACUGAAAAAGAAAAAGUGCGUUCUCCGCCUAUUGUUCCUGUCCCCGUACCACCAACACCAAUUGCUGCUCCAUCCUUUGCAUUUGAAGAGACAGCGUUUCCUUCUUUGCCGAAGAAAGUUGAACCAGUCAAACCACCACAGAAGCCAACAUUCAGUUCCGUUGCUGCUGGUCGGCGAAACUUAGUCAAACAAAUGGUCCCGGAGAAGAAGACCACCUACGCUGAAAAGUUGAAGCAACGGGAGGCUCUUCUUCGUAAAUAA